GGUUCUUCAUUCCCAGGGUUCUGUGAGAGGCGUUUGCCCCACCCCACCUCUUCGGCUCUUUCUAACUCAAAGUGCAAUUCUUUGAGGAAAAAAAAAAAAGGAAAAGAAAAGGAGGGCAAAAAUAAUUCAAAGAAAUUCAGCGAAGAAGCGGCUCUCACUCAGACGAGCGGUUAACGGGAGCAGCCGCGGCCCAUCGGCGCCGGAAAGAAGUGUCCCUCCGCUGGAUGAGUGAUUGAAACACCGCGGUAUGUUCAUGCAUCAUGCACAUGUAACCACACUCUGCCGCCAUACGGGUUCAAAGGGAAUACAAGGAGCUGACAGCGGACCGUGCUCGCGCCCAACAGGGGGGAAUAACGGAGGAUUCCCCCGACUAUCACCUGGAGAUUACGUUGCGGUGAAGGACGUCCAGCUGCCGGAAAGCCGCCGCCUCUGCUCGGCCGGAGGAGGGCUCGGAUGUGAGGAGGAAUAAGAGGAGAAAAGGACGGAGAAGCGGAGGCCCCUCUUUAUUUUUGUGUCUCGUCAAACCCUCUUUAAAAAGCAGGCAUCUUUUUAACCAACGUUCAUUUUGACACCGACUAAACACAGGAGGCUGCUGACAGCCAAGGCUAAAAAUGCAUUUAAAAACAUUCAGUCUAUUUAAAGGACUGUCGAGUGGGGAGGGAAACGGACUGAAUGGCAGCGCGAGACUGCCGAAGACGGGCUCCGGAGGAGACAUUUUCUGAAAGAAUCUAACGUGGAGGCGUGAAAAGAUCUGAUUCUCCAUCAUUGUUCGGUUUUUAAAACGUCUCGCAGGGAAUCGGGACGUUCAUUCAUGUGCACGCAGGAGCUGGAAAUUGCCCAUUCACGCGCAAAUCAGUGUUGAUGACUUCAUUGCGGAUUUACAGUAAAAAAAAAAAAAAAAGGACGGGACGCAAGCUAUAGCCACAUCCUGCACACCGUCUACUACCUGACACCUGGUUCAUCUGGAUACAUACAUGUCACCCAGUUUGAGCCAGGUGUUCCACUGGUGGGCCAGUUCAGGAACUUACUGAUUGAUUUCCACCCCCCUCCCAUCUUACUCUCAUCCACCAACCCCUCCACACCCCCUGCUUGAACCUAUCAGUGUUUUUUUUUGUUUUUUUUUGUGGGGGGGUAAGAUGGGCUGUCUUGGGAACAGUAAGACUGAAGACCAGAGAAAUGAGGAGAAGGCACAGAGAGAGGCCAACAAAAAGAUAGAGAAGCAGCUCCAAAAAGACAAGCAGAUAUACCGGGCCACACACCGGCUGCUCCUGUUAGGAGCUGGAGAAUCUGGGAAAAGUACAAUAGUCAAGCAGAUGCGAAUACUACACGUGAAUGGCUUCAACGCAGAGGAGAAAAAACAGAAAAUUCAUGAUAUUAAAAACAACAUAAAAGAAGCUAUAGAGACCAUCGUGGCUGCCAUGAACACACUAACACCUCCCUGCCAGUUAGCCUGUUCUGCAAACCAGUUCCAGGUUGAUUACGUCCUGAGCCUAAUAAACCAGAAGGAUUUUGAUUUCCCUUCAGUGUUUUAUGACCAUACAAAGCUCCUCUGGCAGGACGAAGGUGUGAGAGCUUGCUGGGAACGGUCCAAUGAAUAUCAACUCAUCGACUGCGCACAGUACUUCUUAGACAGGAUCGAUGUCGUCAGGCAGAACGACUACACACCCACUGAUCAGGACCUGUUGAGAUGCAGAGUGCUGACAUCUGGGAUCUUUGAGACCAGUUUUCAGAUUGACAAAGUUAAUUUCCAUAUGUUCGAUGUUGGAGGUCAGAGGGAUGAACGCCGAAAAUGGAUCCAGUGUUUUAACGAUGUGACGGCUAUCAUCUUUGUGGUGGCGAGCAGCAGCUACAACAUGGUGAUCAGAGAAGACAAUCAGACUAACAGACUACAGGAAGCGCUCAAUCUUUUCAAGAACAUUUGGAACAACAGGUGGUUACGGACCAUUUCAGUAAUCCUCUUCCUGAACAAACAGGACCUGCUCGCUGAGAAGGUUUUGGCAGGAAAGUCCAAAAUCGAGGAGUAUUUCCCAGAGUUUGCACGCUACACCACACCUGAUGAUGCAAUACCAGAGCCAGGGGAAGAUCCCCGGGUUACCAGGGCAAAGUACUUCAUACGGGAUGAGUUUCUGAGGAUCAGCACGGCCAGCGGGGACGGACGGCAUUACUGUUACCCACACUUCACCUGCGCAGUCGACACAGAAAACAUCCGCCGCGUCUUCAAUGACUGUCGUGACAUCAUACAGAGGAUGCACCUACGGCAGUAUGAGCUCUUGUGAUGCGCGGCGGCGUCACUUCUACCUGUUCACCUACUUACGCCCUCACCACCACCACCAGUUUGCUAACCACCCCUACCCUUUUACAAAAUUCACCUAACAACCAAGCGAGUGAGCAACUGCCCCCUCCCCUCCACCCUAAAACAACUUCUCCUGCUUCAUAGAAAUAAAAUCAGAAGUCGACUUUUGUUCUUUUAUCAAAAAUGGAAACACGACGUCAUCAGAAACUGUCUGAACUGGCACUUUGAGCCAAGAAACAGGGACUGGCACCGUGAUCUUAGCUCGCUCUCAUACAAACAAAAAAACCUCACAGGUACACGCACACUACAGAAGAAGACCUUCAGAUCUUUGGACAGAUUUGAUUAUAAACACAUAAUCAUUUAACAACUUAGUGCUGCUGCUCUGAGCGCUGGCAGAAUCUCUGAGAGAGGAGUUCAUGCACGGCGUGCUGAAGAGAAGCGGACGACUAUGGAGACUGUGGCGAGCUAAACCAGAAGAGGGCCAUUAGCUGCUUCUUCUUUUUUUAUUUUUGUUUUUUUGACUGAGCGAUGAUCGGUCUGUGAACGUGAGCGUGACUCUGAAAGGAAGCCACACAGCCCGCAUGAACUGCUCCUCAUGAAAUCAGAUGAAAAAAUAUCAUACAGUGCAUACCAGUGAAUUUCAUGCAGUGCAAAAAAAUCAAACCUAUAUAUAUAGAUAUUUA